GCUCACCGUCCCCGUGUCCGCCCGCCGCCGCGCCCCAGGCCUCCUCUGACAGCACCAUGGGCGACAGCGACGACGAGUACGACCGGAGGCGCAGGGACAAGUUCCGCAGGGAGCGCAGCGACUACGACCGCUCCCGGGAAAGGGACGAGAGACGGCGCGGGGACGACUGGAACGACCGGGAGUGGGACCGGGGCCGAGAGCGCCGCAGUCGGGGCGAGUACCGCGACUACGACCGCAACCGGCGGGAGCGCUUCUCCCCGCCGAGGCACGAGCUGAGCCCGCCGCAGAAGCGCAUGCGCAGAGACUGGGAUGAGCACAGCUCUGACCCCUACCACAGUGGCUAUGACAUGCCCUAUGCUGGGGGGGGUGGGGGACCAACUUACGGCCCCCCUCAGCCCUGGGGCCAUCCAGACGUCCACCUCAUGCAGCACCACGUCCUGCCCAUCCAGGCCAGGCUGGGCAGCAUUGCGGAGAUUGACCUGGGCGUGCCCCCGCCCAUCAUGAAGUCCUUCAAAGAGUUCCUCCUGUCCCUGGACGACUCUGUGGACGAGACUGAGGCCGUCAAGCGCUACAAUGACUACAAACUGGACUUCCGGAGGCAGCAGAUGCAGGACUUUUUUCUGGCUCAUAAAGACGAGGAGUGGUUUCGAUCCAAGUACCACCCCGAUGAGGUGGGGAAGCGCCGGCAGGAGGCCCGGGGGGCCCUGCAGAAUCGACUGAAGGUGUUCCUGUCCCUCAUGGAGGGCGGCUGGUUUGAUAACCUUCUCUUGGACAUAGACAAAGCCGAUGCCAUUGUCAAGAUGCUGGAUGCAGCUGUCAUUAAGAUGGAAGGUGGCACAGAGAAUGAUCUCCGCAUCCUGGAGCAGGAGGAGGAGGAGGAGCAGGCGGCCAAGACUGGGGAGGCCGGCAAGAAAGAGGAGGGCCGGGCCGGGCCGGGCCCUGGGGACGGAGAGCGGAAGGCCGGCGAUAAGGAUGAGAAGAAGGAAGACGGCAAACAGGCUGACAAUGACAGCUCUAACGAGGACAGAAGUAAGAAACCUGAGGGCGACGGGGACAAGGAGGAGAAGAAGGACGAGGCUGAGAAGGAAGUCAAAAAGAGCAAGAAACGGAACAGGAAGCACAGCGGCGACGACAGCUUCGAUGAAGGCAGCGUGUCCGAGUCUGAGUCCGAGUCCGAGAGUGGCCGAGCCGAGGAGGAGAAGGAGGAGGCCGAGGAAGCACUUAAGGAGAAGGAGAAGCCCAAGGAAGAGGAGCGGGAGAAGCCUAAGGAGGCUGCGGGGCUGGAGUGUAAGCCCCGGCCCUUGCACAAGACCUGCUCGCUCUUCAUGCGCAACAUCGCGCCCAACAUCUCCAGGGCAGAGAUCGUUUCUCUGUGUAAAAGGUACCCGGGCUUCAUGCGGGUGGCGCUGUCGGAGCCGCAGCCGGAGAGGAGGUUCUUCCGCCGAGGCUGGGUGACCUUUGACCGCAGUGUGAACAUUAAAGAGAUCUGCUGGAACCUGCAGAACAUCCGGCUCCGGGAGUGUGAGCUGAGCCCCGGCGUGAACAGAGACCUGACGCGGCGCGUGCGCAACGUCAACGGCAUCACCCAGCAUAAGCAGAUCGUGCGCAACGACAUCAAGCUGGCCGCCAAGCUGGUGCACACCCUGGACGACAGGACCCAGCUCUGGGCCGCCGAGCCCGGGACGCCGCCCGCGCCCACAAGCCUGCCCUCGCAGAACCCCAUCCUGAAGAACAUCACGGACUACCUGAUCGAGGAAGUGAGCGCCGAGGAGGAGGAGCUUCUGGGGAGCAGUGGGGGUCCCCCUCCUGAGGAGCCUCCCAAGGAGGGCAAUCCCGCCGAGAUCAGUGUGGAGAGGGACGAGAAGCUCAUCAAGGUCUUGGACAAGCUCCUCCUCUACCUGCGCAUCGUGCACUCUCUGGAUUACUACAACACCUGCGAGUACCCCAACGAGGACGAGAUGCCCAACCGCUGCGGCAUCGUUCAUGUCCGUGGGCCCCUGCCCCCCAACCGCGUCAGCCACGGGGAAGUGCUGGAGUGGCAGAAGACCUUUGAGGAGAGGCUGAGCCCGCUGCUGAGUGUACGCGAGUCCCUUUCUGAGGAGGAGGCCCAGAAGAUGGGGAGGAAGGACCCCGAGCAGGAGGUGGAGAAGUUCGUCACCUCCAACACGCAGGAGCUGGGCAAGGACAAGUGGCUGUGUCCUCUCAGCGGCAAGAAGUUCAAGGGCCCCGAGUUUGUGCGCAAGCACAUCUUCAACAAGCACGCGGAGAAGAUCGAGGAGGUGAAGAAGGAGGUGGCCUUCUUCAACAACUUCCUCACAGAUGCCAAGCGCCCGGCGUUGCCGGAGAUCAAGCCCUCGCAGCCGCCUGGCCCUGCCCAGAUACUCCCCCCAGGCCUGACCCCCGGACUCCCCUACCCACACCAGACACCCCAGGGCUUGGUGCCCUAUGGCCAGCCCCGGCCUCCCAUCCUGGGCUACGGAGCUGGUGCUGUCCGCCCCGCAGUCCCAGCAGGAGGGCCUCCGUACCCCCACGCUCCCUACGGCGCGGGCCGAGGGAACUACGACGCCUUCCGAGGCCAAGGAGGGUACCCUGGGAAACCCCGGAACAGGAUGGUCCGAGGAGAUCCACGAGCCAUCGUGGAGUACCGGGACCUGGAUGCCCCUGACGAUGUGGACUUCUUCUGAGCCGCCCAGUCGCCCCGCUGCAGCCUCCAUGUCUGUACCGUGACCGCCUUCCCCAUCAACUGAGAAUUUUUUUUGUACGUUAUUUUUCCUGCUAGUAAAAGCAUUUUGGUAGUGUCC